AAAAAAAAAAAGUGACAAGAAAUAAAUAAAUAAAAUAUACUUUGUCUAAAUAAAAUGUCUUCACCAUACAGCUCAUCUUGAGCGUAAAGUACUAUAAUUGGUUCCAUUAAACUCCAUUUUAAUCUACAAGUGUAUGCACAAGAUGUUUUGCAAAAUUAAUAUCAAAAGAAUUUAAAUCUUCUACCAUUUAUAUCAAUGCCUUCCCGUAAUUGUUUUAAUGUACUGAAACUUCCAAAUGUAAAUCUAUAAUUGACCAACUAAUGUUCUUCUCUGUUAUGAUGCUCCAUUUUGUCUUUCAAUGCCCUCCCCUACUCACUCGGAAGGAAAUGUAUAGUCCAACAAGCCGUAUGUCUUCACAUUAUCAGUUGCCAAAGACCUUUGACCUGUUAACUGUGUGCCCAAUCAAAUGUUUCCCCACUACAUCUCAAGUUGACACCUAAAAACACACUGAAAAUAUAUAUUUUUGGUUUUGUUAUUUUUGUUUUUUCAUUUGAUGAGUGUUUUACAGGUAACGGAGCACAACGGUAAGUGUUGAUUUUGAUUGAUUGGCUAGGUAAUGUUGCCCACCAAUCAAAAUCAUUCACCCCUUCUUGCCUUUUCCAGUUUUGGGGGAGGAAAACAAAAGUAUUUGUGUUAUAACAAAGUGAAAAAGCACUGUAUUUUACACACAGCUCAUUUGUCAAAUUGACCAUAAAUUCUACACUUCCUGUAUUUUUUCCUCAUGCUGAACUAGAGCAUAAACUUAGAGGGUUUCCCAGUUUUUCUUUUGUGUACUAUCUUUAAAGGCCUUUACAGUUUGUACUUAUUUUGGUAAGAAUGUUCCUGCAAAAUGAAGAUAUACAUAUAUAUAACAAAAAACAAUUCAGAGGGAACAGUUUCAUCGGAAACAGACUAUAAAGACAAAAGCCUGUCCUCAACCACUAAUGCUAAAUGACAAUGAAUCCCUGUUGAGGGAGCUUUAAUAAAUUGAAGCAGAUGCAUUUUCAGCAUGUAUUAUUAAUAUUGUGCAUAUUAAAUAAAGAUGCCUCGGUAUCUACUCGGUUUGUUCCCUCUGCUGUGUACCAAAUAACUUUGUUCCCAAUAAAUAAUUCACUACUCCAACAUUAUAAAAUGGGUCGGGGAGCUGCUUUUUCAUUAUUAUUGCUAUCAUCAGACUCAGUGAAAUAGAAGCGUGGAGAGGAGAAAUUCUACUACAGGGAGCUGAAGGUAAAAAGAAAAUGGUUGUUCAAGACUAUCAGCAUUUAUCUAGCAGAGGCACGAGCUGAUACAAAUGUGAUUCAGCAAGCAGUGUCAAUUAGCAGUCUGCAGUGGUGGUCCUUGCAUGAUCACUGCCGCAACAGAUUAUUUUAGGUGAGCAAAGAGCGUUAUGCUAUAUUUUUGAGAAUACAAAAGACACUCCCCUUCUCUCUUUUUGUUUUCAUGAAAUUGAAAUUAUUGUAAAGCAUUUGUCAUCAGACUACUAAAGCAGUCCUUCAGUUAAAUACUAAAUAACAAUCUCAAACAGAGUUCAAACAUCAUCAUUUGUGAGCCUCUUUCUGUUGAGAUAUUUUCUACAUCCUCCUUGACUGGCCACCACAACAGAAAACCAGUUCAGGCCUCCCAUUAACUGUAUCGUGCCCUGAUAGUAAACCCCAUCUCAAAGCCCUCCACGCCCACUAGCUAGUCGUCUUUUUUUUUCACCCAAAUGUUCUCAACAGAAAUCAUUAACAUCUACGUAAAAAAUAAUUUUUAACAUUUUGCAACUAUUUUACAUUAAAUCAUACACACAUUCCUUGAAAUAAAUACACAUCCGAUAUUAUCACAAACACUGGCUCCAUGAGCAUGCUUUUAAAAAAGUACUCUAGAUUCAUAAUUACUCCAGUGCAUUCACACUAUGUAACACACCUGUUCCUUAUGCUGUGAUGGUGUCAGCCUUUGUUUGUUUUCAGUUAACUUUUGUCAAUCAAUUCUGAUACUUGAUGUUGACUAUGUUUUGUUCACGAAGCAAAAUGCACUUGAGAUUAGCAGCUGUGUGGAAGGAUAAUUGUAAGGACGAGAGAGAAACCCUGAAAAUGAGCCAUGUGGGUACUGAAGCAAAUGAGACUCCUUCCCAAACAUCAACCAUAAUGACAGUGUUUGCUGAUUGGCUUCGUAGAAUAAUAUUUUUCUUACCAGCCUUGAACUGCAGCUGCUAAUUUCCCCCCGAAUUGUCUUUUUUAAAUUUAUUUGUUUUUUUCAAUCUCUCAUUUGUUUUUGUUUUCUUUAUUUUCUCUUUAUUUCAUUUCCUUCUCUAACUAAAUAAAAUGUGGCCACCCUCAUGAGCCUCUCAUUGUGGCCAUAAGAAGCUUGUGAAAUUUUGAAUUAUGAGUAUGGUACGCUUGAAUUGACUCCAGUGGCGCCCCAAUCCUUUUUCCUUAGCAGGCAGCAGAGCGACCACUGGGGUGAAUCUGAUUGUUUUGGUUCAAAGUUUAUUUAAAGGGGAGGGCAGGCAAGUGUGCUUUGAAGACGGGUGUCACUGAUGACAGGGACAGGGGUAAGGGGGAAAAAAAAGAAGGAAAGGGACAUGUAGCUGCAGCUAAACACCUUGAGGUGGCUUUUUUUACUCUCUCUGUGUUUCCCCUAUUUUUCUCUUCUCCUCAUGUCAUUGUGUUCUGCAUCAACCCCUUUACAUCCCUCAGAGCUUCGAGAAGUCCGGCGGGUACCUCCUCGCUUCUCCAUUCUUCCAGAAAGUAAAGAAAUAAUGCCAGGUGGCAGUGUGAACAUAACUUGCGUGGCAGUGGGAUCGCCCAUGCCUUAUGUCAAGUGGAUGCUGAACGCUGAGGACUUAACGCCAGACGACGAGAUGCCAGUUGGCAGAAAUGUUCUUGAACUGAGCAGUGUCCGUGAGUCAGCCAACUACACCUGUGUGGCCAUGAGCAGCCUUGGCAUCAUUGAAGCCGUUGCACAGAUCACCGUAAAAUCUCUCCCUAAGCCUCCAGGUACCCCUGUGGUUACCGAAACCACAGCCACUAGUGUGACCAUUACGUGGGACUCGGGAAACCCAGAUCCAGUGACAUACUACAUCAUACAGUAUAGAGCCAGAUCCCCAGACAGCAAGUAUGAAACAGUGGAUAGCAUCACCACUACACGUUACAGCAUUGGUGGCCUCUACCCAAACACAGAGUAUGAAAUACGUGUCUCAGCGGUGAACUCAAUUGGACAAGGUCCACCCAGUGAGCCAGUUGAAACUCGAACUGGUGAGCAAGCUCCCGCCAGUCCACCAAGAAACAUUAAGGCCCAAAUUCUUCCUCAAAAUACCAUGAUGGUGCAGUGGGAGGAACCUGAGGAGCCAAAUGGGCAGAUCAAGGGAUACAGAGUUUACUACACUAUGGAUGAUUCGCAGCCCAUGAGCCUCUGGCAAAUCCAUAAUGUCCAGGACAGUCUCAUCACCACCAUUCAGAGCCUAGUUCCUCAAGAAACAUACACAAUCAAAGUCCUUGCAUUCACAUCUGUUGGUGAUGGACCUUUUUCAGCCCCAAUUCAGGUCAAAGUAUUACAGGGAGUUCCAGGUCAACCAUCCAAAUUCCAAGUCGGUGCUGUGUCAGACACUAGCAUUGAGCUGACCUGGGAACCUGCAUAUGAGAAAGAAGGAAUUAUAAAUUAUGAACUUCGUUAUAAGGAAGGCGAUUCCGACACCCAGAUGAAGAAAACAUUUGGACCCACAAAAUCAUAUGUUGUGGAAAGUCUUCGUCCCAAUACAAAGUACCGCUUCUCCCUGGCGGCCGUCUCUAACAAAGGCAUUGGGGCAUUCACAAAUGAAAUUUCUGAGAGGACCUUACAAGCCAAACCCUCAGCUCCCCCUCAAGAAAUUAAGUGCAGCACUACCAGCUCCACCAGCCUUUUGGUAAGUUGGCGCCCCCCACCUCUGAAGAGUCAGAAUGGUGAUCUGACGGGGUAUAGGGUGCGCUACCAAGUGGUGGGCCCUUCAGAAGGGGCCAGUGACGAUACAGACCCCCUGGAGGAGCUGCCAGUGCCGCCAACCGAAGAGCGGGUGUUGCUGCAGAGACUGGAGAAGUGGACCCAGUACCGAAUCACAGUGUCCGCCUCAACUGAGAUUGGGCCUGGCCCUGAGAGUGAGCCCCUAAUCUGUCGGACAGAUGAAGAUGUUCCUGGAGCUGCACCAAGGAGGGUGGAGGUGGAGGUUCUCAAUUCCACAGCACUGAAAGUGAUGUGGCGUUCUGUGACCCCUGGAAAACAAAAUGGUCAAAUUCGUGGCUACCAAGUUCACUAUGUACGUGUUGAAAAUGGCGAAUCACGUGGCCUGCCUCUCAUCAAGGAUGUCAUGCUUGCUGAUGCCCAGUGGGAAACGGACGAUACGGCUGAAUAUGAAAUGGUCAUCGGAGGACUCAAGCCAGAUACCACUUACUCCGUCACAGUAGCAGCAUACACCACCAAAGGGGAUGGAGCACGGAGUAAACCCAAAGUGGUGGUGACCAAAGGGGCAGUUCCUGGUCCGCCGAAUCUGUCAGUAGCUCAAGAUUCAAAGACUUCAGCUAUUGUUCACUGGGACCCACCAGACCUGAUAAAUGGAAUGGACCUGCAGGGAUACCGCCUCCAGUUUGGCCGGAAAGACGUCUCCCCUCUGGCCACACUGGAGUUUGCUCCCCAUGAACGCCAGUAUUUUGUUGGCAACAUUCACCGGGGUGCCACUUAUCUCUUUAAGAUCUCCGCCAAAAGCAAAGGGGGCUUUGGGGAAGAGGCUGUGAAGGAACUCGCUGUUCCUGAGAAUACCCCUGGAGGAUACCCUCAAAUUAACGAGGGCUCAAUGGUAACAUGCUGCUCAGUGCAGCUGUCCUGGUCUCCACCAGUGCUGGCAGAGAGGAAUGGGGUCAUCACAGAAUACACUCUGGCUUAUAAAGAAGCCGGAACAAGAGAAGCGCCACAAGAACUCCGUUUACCUCCCCACCAGUCUAGCUUUGAGCUCAACAGCCUCAAACCAAACUCUGCAUAUGAUGUGAAAAUACGUGCCCACACCAGUAUAGGUCCAGGGCCCUACAGCCCGCCCAUCCAGUAUCGGACCAUGGCCAUUGAUACCACAGAUGUCCCAAAGAAUUUUACUGUUAAGUGGGCCACCAAGACAACAAUAGUCCUUGGGUGGAAGUUUUCAGAUAGAGGAUCACCAUACAAAUGCAUGAUUGAGUAUAACGGGCAAAAGAUGGAUGUGGAUGCUAGGAAGUUGAAGGCAUACAUCACUGGGCUCAGACACAGCGUUAACUAUAAAUUCGGGGUGAAAUGCCAAGAAGGCCUGGAGGGUGAACCCAGGCAUCGUGUGACAGCCAGUACGGCACCCUUCAUUAUGAUCAAGAAACCCAAACUGGAUAUCUACUCUGAGACUGAGAACAAGCUCACUAUGUCUUUUCCAUCAUUCAACAGUGGGGAUGUCAAGAGCUUCUAUGUGGUUGUGGUGCCUCUUAAAAGAACAUCAGGGACAGUUAAAAACUUGAAGAAUCCUGAUGAGAUGGACAUAGAAGAGCUGUUGAGGGAUGUGAUCCCAAAGCGACGUUCGCGGCGUCAGCUGGCUCAACUGGACCAGCGGAGUGCCUACAUCACAGCCUGCUUCAAGAAGCUGCCCUCCACCUUCACAGUGGGAUAUGACCACCCCCUGAGCAGCUGCGAGAAUAAGCCCCUCGAACCUGGUCAGGAAUAUGUCUUCUUCCUGCUGGCUGAACUCAACUCCACUGUGGGGAAAAUGUUUGCAACCAGCCCGUUUACUGAUACAGUGAUGACUCCAGAGUUGGUGGUGGAUCCUUUGCCAGUAGAGACUGGUGAUGGACUCAUCUGGGUGGUCGGCCCUGUCUUGGCUGUGGUCUUCAUCAUUGGCAUUGUCAUCUCCAUUCUCCUUUUGAAAAAUCGGAAGAGAAAAGAGUCUGAGCCACGCACAAAAUGUCUGCUUAACAAUGCAGAUAUUACACCCCACCAUCCCACAGACCCUGUGGAAAUGAGACGCAUCAACUUCCAAACUCCAGAUUCUGGUCUAAGCAGUCCUCAGAGUGAAGCAGAUUUUGACUAUGAAAGUAUGAUGAAUCAUCCUCCGAUCCCUAUCUCGGAGCUGGCUGAGCACACCGAACUUCUCAAAGCUAAUGACAACCUCAAACUCUCCCAGGAAUACGAGUCUAUUGAUCCAGGCCAGCAGUUCACCUGGGAGCACUCCAACCUGGAGGUGAACAAGCCUAAAAAUCGUUAUGCCAACGUCAUCGCCUAUGACCACUCCCGAGUCAUCUUGGCUCCCAUCGAAGGCAUAACAGGUAGUGACUACAUCAAUGCCAACUACAUUGAUGGCUACAGGAAGCAGAAUGCUUACAUCGCCACCCAAGGUCCGUUACCAGAAACAUUUGGGGACUUCUGGAGGAUGGUGUGGGAACAGAGAACAGCAACUGUUGUGAUGAUGACCCGGCUGGAAGAGAAGUCACGGAUUAAGUGUGACCAGUACUGGCCAAGUCGUGGUACGGAAACCUAUGGCAUGACCCAAGUAACCCUGUUGGAUACAAUAGAGCUGGCUACUUUCUGUGUCCGCACGUUCUCCCUCCACAAGAAUGGCUCCAGUGAGAAACGGGAAGUUCGUCAGUUCCAGUUUACAGCGUGGCCUGACCACGGCGUGCCGGAGUACCCAACCCCCUUCCUAGCCUUCCUUCGUAGGGUGAAGACAUGCAACCCACCUGAUGCUGGACCCAUCAUUGCUCACUGCAGUGCCGGCGUCGGCAGGACGGGCUGCUUUAUAGUAAUCGACGCAAUGCUCGAGCGCAUCAAGCACGAGAAGACGGUCGAUAUCUAUGGUCAUGUGACGCUGAUGCGCUCGCAGCGCAACUACAUGGUGCAGACAGAGGACCAGUACAGCUUCAUCCACGACGCGCUGCUGGAGGCGGUGGCCUGCGGAAACACGGAGGUGGCUGCUCGCAGCCUGUACUCCUAUAUCCAGAAGCUGGCCCAGGUGGAAAGUGGCGAACACGUCACCGGCAUGGAGCUAGAAUUCAAGCGUUUGGCCAACUCCAAGGCUCAUACAUCACGUUUCAUCAGUGCCAACCUUCCCUGCAACAAGUUCAAGAACCGACUGGUCAACAUCAUGCCCUAUGAGACCACCCGCGUCUGUCUGCAGCCAAUCAGAGGCCUGGAAGGGUCUGACUAUAUCAAUGCUAGCUUCAUUGAUGGAUACAGGCAACAGCGGGCAUACAUCGCCACGCAGGGCCCUCUAGCAGAGACUACAGAAGACUUCUGGAGAAUGCUCUGGGAGAACAACUCCACUAUAGUAGUCAUGUUGACCAAACUUAGAGAGAUGGGCCGGGAAAAGUGUCACCAAUACUGGCCAGCAGAGCGCUCUGCCAGGUAUCAGUACUUCGUGGUAGAUCCCAUGGCGGAGUACAACAUGCCUCAGUACAUCCUUCGGGAGUUCAAGGUCACAGAUGCCAGGGAUGGCCAGUCCAGGACAGUAAGGCAGUUCCAGUUUACUGAUUGGCCAGAACAAGGUGUACCCAAAUCCGGUGAGGGAUUCAUCGAUUUUAUUGGCCAAGUUCAUAAAACCAAGGAGCAGUUUGGACAGGAUGGGCCCAUCUCUGUACAUUGCAGUGCUGGAGUGGGAAGAACUGGAGUCUUCAUAACCCUCAGCAUCGUCUUGGAGAGAAUGCGUUAUGAGGGAGUGGUAGAUAUCUUCCAAACAGUGAAGAUGCUCCGGACACAGAGGCCAGCUAUGGUCCAGACAGAGGAUGAAUACCAAUUUUGCUAUCAUGCAGCUCUGGAGUACUUAGGAAGCUUUGAUCACUAUGCAACGUAAAAAGCCAUCUCCUCCCCUCAGAAUCCUGUUGCCCCCUCCUCUCCCAACUCAACGGUUUCCUGAGCCAUAGAAACGUUUCAAAUUUGAAAUGACAGCGGUUGAUCAUUUUACCACUGCUCGUUCAGAAACACCAAACAGGAUCCUGUAAAUUUUUAGAAAAUAACACCCGAUACGACCAGAAAAAGAGAAAUUCCAAUUCAGACUCAAGGCAGAGAGGAAAAUUGCCCAUGAUUUCAACUGAAGACAAUUCUCAGCAACAAGCAACCAGAGGCUGUGGCUCACGCUGUGGGAUGGGUAUCAAUCAAAGUGUCAGACUGCUUACCUUACCUCAAGUGUUUCAGUGGAGUAAGUUGUAAACAUUCGUGGACAUUUCUCUUCUAAAAAUAUCUGUAUGACACAGCGGCAACAAACAACCGCAAUUGAAGGAAAAAUGGAGCGAAAAUCAAAGAGAAGCAGAUGGAUGUAGCCAGGACUGGGACACAUGCCUGUUUUGGAUGUAAAAAAAAAGGAUUUAAGUGUUUCUAUUGACUGUUUUUGAGUUUUAUCCUGAGAUAUGGCCAAACUGUGGCGACUCCUAAGUUUUCCCAAACUUUGGUCAUUUGAUCAUCAACUGAAAUGGAACAAGUAAACCGGCCAUUGAAAGAAAACCUUGAGUUUCUACACAAUUCUACAUACAAUUACAUUAUGAAUAGUUGUGCAGAAAACCUCCUCUACAAUUUAAGAAAAUGUCACCAAACUGCCUGUAAGCACAAAGAGCUUUAAGAAAGCACACUCCCAGUGGUUGUCAAAAAGAAAGCAGCAGCACAUAUCGUAAAUUUGUUCCAUUGUAUUAAUGUGUAAAGCCUGCCUCCUAAGCCAGGUGACCCUAGUAUAGUUAAAAUCUCAACAGGAUAUUUCCAGGAAAAACUUCCUACAGAAAAAAUGGCAAAGAUUAAGGGAAAACCAUGUCAGUCAUAUGAAUCGUUGGCUUUGCCUCUCAUGUGGAUGAUGCAAACAGUAACCUUGUCCCAUGUUUUUUAACAAUCUUGUCUCUCUCUUAAACCAUGGCGCCAAGAGGCUGAUGCAGAAAACAUCCACCCCUCAGUCCAGUGAGAAGAAAAGGCUUUGGAACAACCAAACAAAGAAACGCUGCCAAAUGUGGGCCUUUCUUUGUGUACAGUGACCAAUAGUCAUCAUUAUUGUUUGGAACUUUUUUGUCCUUUGAGGACAAAAAUCUAUUUUUCUUUUCUCUCUUUAAGUUCUCUCUUCUGUUAAAAACCAAACAUGCUGCUUAUCUUGUGUAUGCUGAGCGUGUGACUCUUUGGAUAAAGAGCAAACUGAUGAACAAAAAAAUGCCAGCUCUGCCAACUCCUUGCGCCCAGGUGGGCAUGACAGAAACGCAUCCACAUGACGUCAUUGUCCACCGCUGCUUUUUUUAUCCAGUUUUCAUUUUUCUCCAGCCUCCUCUAUAUCCACCUCUAUCAUUGUACAAGAAAAUCAAGAGCAGCAAAGACCGCUUGCAAUUGCAAAGGUGUACAUUAACAUUGUUGACAAAUUGGCCCCGAGUUUCACUGAAUGUGUGGUUGGUAACCGGUCAACAAACAAAACAAGACGCUUUGGUGUUUUCCCCCUCUAUUUUAUAGACGAUGACCCAGUGGGUGACACAGCCAGAGCAAGUAGCCACGUCGGAUCCCAAUGCAAAAUUUCUCGUUACCUGCACAUCCCCAGGGCAAGACAGAGAAAAAACUUGAAACAAACACCCCAAUUCAACUGCAAAACAGUAAAAGCUAAAAUCACCAAGAUUUUAUCUCAAAUACGGCGCUUUGGUACACAUGAGCGAAUGGAUUCUGUGAGGGCUUUCUGGCAGAUGUGCACAAAAAAAAACAUGAAGCUAUGGACAGAACUGUGUGUGAUCUUUUCUGAUUUCCAAAACAGCCUUAUUGUUAUUGUAACACUAUGAAAACAUUAAUGUUGUAUUAUGAUGACUUAUUUUACAUGACAUAGUUAGCUUUUAUUUUCUGUUUCUGGUUUAGUUUUUUUUCUAACAGAGAUGUGUUUGUCACAUUUUUUUUAAUUAGCAGAAAAAAAGAGAAAUGCUUAUAUGUUCAUAUUAUGUUAAAAGACAUUCUAUUUUUUCACCGUAGAAAUCCUAAGUAUAACAUGACAGUGUAGGGGUACAUGUAUUUCUAUAUAUAGAUAUAAGGCUAUAUCUAUAUAGAGAGAUUAAUAAAUGCCUAAUUACGCAUGCAUAUAUAUUUAAAUGCAGAAUCAGAAGAUAUAUCCAAACAAUUAGUGUGAAAUGACAUUUUCUUUUCAUUCAGUUUGUUUUAUACCUGUUAUCUUUAGUCUUUGAAAAUAUGUUUUUUAUUAUUAUUAUUAUUGUUGUUGUUAUUAUUAUUGUGUAAUUCUGGAGACCCUGAAUGUCUCUUCAAGAACCCUGAGGGGAUGCCAUCUUUGUGUUUGAUCUUGUUUUUUGCUUUUGUCCAUUGAAAUUAACUCGUACCCACAGGGACACUAUUUUCAAACAUUGUCCUUCAUCAUCACUAUGAUGUUAUGUUUGGUUAAUUUUUGUAAUCUGUUCUGCAACUGUCGGGGUUUCAUCGCUCAGCAUUUUUAAUGUCUAUAUCAGGCCAAUGAUGUACUGUACCUUGUAUGAUUCUGUACAGACCGUAACCCUCACAAUCUGAAGAAGAAAAAACCUCUUAAAGUUCUCUUUUUUUACUUAUAUUUUCAGACAUAAUGUUACCAUUGAUUUUAUUAGACAUCCACUAUGAUCUAGAGUAUAUGUGUAAAUAAACAAAUAUAUAUAGAAUAUAUGUAUCAUUUGACCCUAAAGAUCUCAUAAUUUUAGUGGGGAACACUAAUGCACAGAUCACAGUUCUGCUCAUUUCCAGCUUCUUGCUGUUUGCGAAACCUGUUUUCUCAAACCUUCUUUCUCCAGCUCUGCUCCCUGGUCUUUAAUUACCUCUCUUUUUUCUGCCUUUAAUUUCCCCUGCUAGCAGUCAAACUGGGAAACGUGCCAGCCUAUGUUCCCACACCCGUUGCCUGAAUGAGGGGAAAACAAAUCUUGAUCAGUGAUCCGCGAGUUGGAUUAAACCAAUAUGUUGGUUCACUCUCUACCAACUAAACACAAGAAUCAUUAAUCAUUUUCAACAUAGACAAAAUUUACUAAAGGAGCUUCAAAAGAAUAAAUUACAAGGGCAUAGAUUCCUGGAAGUACUACUUUUCUCAGAGGCAUUUCACAGAUCUCUGCAGGAAUGCCAAAUGUCUAACUACCUGCAUUCACAAGGUGUUAAUCCAUUAUGUAUGAUUAGCGAGAAAGGAAAAAAAAAGGUCAUACAUGCUUCAGUUGCGACAUUUAAAAUUAUUUUUCCUGCUGUUGCCUUGUAUAAAACCAUAUUGUUUUUUGUUUAACCAUGUUUCAUGAUGGGAUGCAGAAAGAAAUCCGGUUGAAACACAGUAGUGGGAUGCAACCAAGGACGGACUGAAACUACCAAAAACAUGCUGCAAAUUCACGUCGUAAGAUUUAACGGUGAACUCUAAUCUGUCUGAAUUCAUAGAGACUGGUUAAAGGGCCAAUGCCAGAAUUUGAAGCCGUGGAAGCGUCUUAAAGCUUGUGCAAUGUGUUAUUCUUUUGGUUUCAAGUAAAGAUGCUAACUCUUGAAAACAACCACAAAAUUACCUGGAAUAUGUUGAUAAAUAUUGUGGAAAGGUUAGGGAGUAACAGUGACCAUAAAAAAAAAAAAACUUAUUAAAAAGAACUAAGCUUAUAUAGUACAUAUCGACAAAAGAACCCAAACUCAGCAAACCAUUUUUCCUUUAUACGAGGGCCAAGUGCUACCACUUUCAAACUGUUACUUCUAACUGAAACAAUAAUUGGUUAAAAGCCACUGUGUAUGUAGAUAUGUUGACUUUGUAUUAAAGAAAUGUUGUCUGAAAAGCG